AUAGUGAAAACAAAUUUAAUCAAAAGAAAUAAUUAUGAAUAAAAACGUCCUUCGCCCUGUAGUGGACGACCAAGAGCCACGUAUUAGUGUUAUUUGCCUUGGUCCAACAGGGUCGGGUAAAACGACUUUGUUGAAAAGGCUACAAGAGGCCGAAGGUAUUGACAAUACUUAUAGUCCCGUACCCACCAUAGGAACCAAUAUUUAUGAUAUACACUACCUUAAUAAGAGUGGGAAAAAACAAACAUUAAGUAUAAGGGAAGUCGGCGGAGAGAUGGCGUCACUAUGGAAUAAUUAUUUGGAAGGAGUUGAUAAGGUCAUAUUCGUAGUGGACACGUCUAAUCUGUGUCAGAUAUCGGCGGCAGCUCUCAUGCUAUAUACAUUAUUGGCCGAACCCUGUCUCAAACAAGCUAAGUUCAUCCUAGUGCUAAGCAAGAUGGACUUGGCUUACCGGCAGAUGCGGAACGAAGCCCUGCUGAUGCUGCAGAGCCGCCGCCUGCUCGCGGAGCUCCCGAGGCCCCCAACCAUUCUCGAAGCGGCGCCGCUUACCGGCGAGGGUCUGCCGGAGCUGAAGGCGCAGCUCACCAAUCAGAAGAUUAAACCUGUAAUAUAAAUAGUAGACUUGUAGGUACCCUUUUAGUGACAGACUAUUAGAGAAAUAUUCUAUACUAAUAACAGGGAAACGCACUAGGUCUUGAGUAAACAAUUUAAUUUGAAUUGGAUAAACGACAAUGCAUAGACCGACGCUACCGUCCUUUUCGCGGGAAGCCAUCUUGACAGAGUGGACCGAUGACAGCUGCGCUGUCAGUUAGGACACGUUCAGAACCCCGCUAACAAUACUUAACAAUGACAAAUGUGUCGCUUAACUACAAACUCGGGUAAAUCCCUCUCAGCAAAUAUCUAUCCUAUAACCUUUUGUUAAUACCAAAAUCGCACAGAUGGAUUUGCCUGAUUUUAAAGUUAAGCGACUCAAAUCACAUCUAUAGUUUAGGGUUGCUUUUAAACGGAAUUUGAAUUAAAUAUGAUGUAUAAGCUGGUGGAGGUGACCAACAACUGAUAAUACA